UUACACCCUUUACUUGAUUCCCUUGAGUCAUUGAAUCUAAUUCCUCUCCUCUAACUCAGCACCAUAUCACACCACUUCUCUUUCCUUUCCCUUCUCUCUCUCUCUCUACCCUUCCCUUCCAUAGAGUGAAAGAUCAUUCAUGUGUUCAUAUAUGUUAGGUCAUGGAGACAAGAGCUACCCCUCUUAAGAGCUAGUUGUGAAAGGUUUGACUUUUCUUGUCCUUGAAAUCGGAGAACACAAACUAAACCCAAACCAAUUUCCUAUUGCUAACACUACCCUACAGCUAGAAAGUUGGCAAAUUGCGUUCUAGCAAAGGCAAAUUGAGAGCUAGCUUUAAAUUGCCUUUGUUAGUCAUGAUGCAUCUUCUUGCUUUAGUGCAAAAAUUCUAAGGUAAGAAAAUAGUGUCCCAAAGAAGAAAAGCCUCCAAACCAGAUCUUCUUGUUCAGAACACUUCCUUCUUCUUCUUCUUCUCCUUUUGAUUUUCCUUUUUUUCUUCUUCAAAGAAGACACUCUAAACAGCAAUUCUGGCUAAUCCUUGGUGGACCGGUCAUCAGGUGGGGUUGGGUGCAGGGUUAGACCCUGCAACCAAUUCACCUUCUCCCACCUUAAACAAACGCCACAUGGACCUUUCCAUCAACGAAAGAAGCGUUUCUAGAGAAAGACAAGAAGAAGAAGAUGAUGAAAGAGACAACGGUGAUGAACCCAAAGAGGGUGCAGUUGAGGUUGGAACACGCAGGCCCAGAGGGAGGCCCCCCGGGUCCAAAAACAAGCCCAAACCCCCCAUCUUCGUCACCAGGGACAGCCCAAACUCCCUCAAAAGCCAUGUCAUGGAGGUCGCCGGUGGUGCCGACGUGGCCGAAAGCGUGGCCCAGUUCGCACGGAGGCGCCAGCGUGGUGUGUGUGUCCUCAGUGGAAGCGGUUCCGUGGCCAACGUUACCAUCCGGCAGCCUGCAGCGCCAGGAGCCGUCGUCGCACUUCAUGGAAGGUUCGAGAUUUUGUCCCUCACUGGGGCGUUUCUUCCUGGCCCUGCCCCACCAGGAGCUACAGGACUUACUGUAUACCUCGCUGGGGGACAGAGCCAGAUAAUAGGUGGAAGUGUUGUGGGAUCACUUGUGGCAGCUGGACCAGUUAUGGUCAUAGCUGCCACUUUUGCUAAUGCAACCUAUGAGAGGUUGCCACUUGAGGAGGAGGAAGACGACGGUGGUGGAAGCGUGCAAGGAGGGAGUGCCCUGGGAGGGUCCCCUCCUGGAAUUGGUGGUAAUAGUGGCGGUGGUGGUAGUGGUGGGGGCCACUUGCAAGGUGGGAUUCCUGAUCCUUCUUCUUUGCCUUUGUAUAAUCUCCCACCAAACCUUCUCUCCAAUGGAGGCCAAGUGGGCCAUGAAGCCUUUCCUUGGGCUGGCCAUGGAAGGCAAACUUAUUGAAUUGGUAUCAAGGUUUUAAAUUGCAAUUGGGAUCCUAGUUACAAAGGGUUUCACAACUUUCAUGUUGCACUCACAAUUGAUAUAGCAUAUGGUAAUUUAAAACCUUGGUUGAUAUCUAUAGAGACUUCAUGUAGAUCAUGUGUGGCUGGUUCGAGAUCUAAUGGAAUUCCGAUGGUGCUGUCUUUCUAGUUUGGAAGAGUAGGAAUUGGGGAAAAGAAUAAUUACAAAGUAUUUAGAAAACUGUAGUUGUGAUGAAGAACCGUGGAGGUGAGCAAGGGAGGCAUGUUUUACUUAGUUCAGUGUAUAUGUAUAUGGAUUAAGAACUCUGAUUUCUGUGUUUUUCUUUCCCUUUUGCUUUUUGUUUGGAAUAAAGAGGAUGAUGAUGGGCGUAUUUUUAAUGGAUUAAUUUCUGAAUAGUUUUAACUGUUA